AUGGCUGCGCCGUGCUUUAGUCGACGUUUAGGUGUGAAUCUUGGGCUCAUUCGUGGAAGUGAAUCGAACGGAAAAUGUGCGACGACGAAAUUGCCGCGUUGGUCAUCGACAAUGGAUCCGGAAUGUGCAAGGCCGGAUUCGCCGGGGACGAUGCUCCCCGGGCCGUGUUCCCCUCGAUUGUGGGCCGUGCCCGGCACCAGGGUGUGAUGGUCGGCAUGGGACAGAAGGACUCGUACGUCGGUGACGAGGCCCAGAGCAAGCGAGGCAUCCUGACCCUGAAGUACCCGAUCGAGCACGGAAUCGUGUCCAACUGGGACGACAUGGAGAAGAUCUGGCAUCACACCUUCUACAAUGAGCUGCGAGUGGCUCCGGAGGAACACCCGGUUCUGUUGACCGAGGCCCCACUGAACCCCAAGGCCAACCGAGAGAAGAUGACCCAGAUCAUGUUCGAGACCUUCAACUGCCCCGCCAUGUAUGUGGCCAUUCAGGCCGUGCUGAGCUUGUACGCUUCAGGACGAACUACGGGUAUUGUGCUGGACUCCGGAGAUGGUGUCUCCCACACCGUGCCCAUCUACGAGGGUUACGCCUUGCCACAUGCCAUCCUGCGUCUGGAUCUGGCCGGUCGCGAUCUCACCGAUUACUUGAUGACCAUCCUGACCGAGCGAGGAUACACCUUCACCACGACCGCCGAGCGGGAAAUCGUUCGGGACAUCAAGGAGAAGCUGUGCUACGUCGCCCUGGACUUUGAACAGGAGAUGGCCACCGCCGCUUCUUCCUCCAGCUUGGAGAAAUCCUACGAACUCCCCGACGGACAGGUGAUUACCAUCGGAAACGAGCGCUUCCGCUGUCCGGAAACUCUCUUCCAGCCGUCGUUCAUCGGAAUGGAAACGGUGGGAGUUCACGAAACCGUGUUCAACUCGAUCAAGAAGUGCGACGUCGACAUCCGUAAGGAUCUGUUCGCCAAUACCGUCCUAUCCGGAGGAUCAACCAUGUUCGCCGGAAUCGCCGACCGUAUGCAGCGCGAAUUAUCCACUCUCGCUCCCACCUCGAUCAAGGUCAAGAUCGUAGCCCCACCAGAGCGUAAGUACUCCGUCUGGAUCGGUGGAUCCAUCCUGGCUUCCCUGUCGACCUUCCAGCAGAUGUGGAUCUCCAAGCAGGAAUACGACGAAGCCGGACCCGGAAUCGUUCACCGCAAGUGCUUCUAAACCCUUCUUGGUGUUACACAACUCUGAUAAAAUUGUUCGGUAAUAAAAAGUUUAUUUGAAGACUGAACCACUCCA